AUGAAUGGGUUAACUUUAAGAAUCAGUUCUGAUAAAAAAGUCAGGCCCAUCAAAAGAGAUUUUAAAAAAGAAGAUCUUCAAUUUUUAAUCAAUGCAUACAAUGCUCAAGAAAUAUUAUUAGUGACCGAAUUACUGAAUGCAGAAACUGUCGAACUUCAAGUCCGAGAAUUGAAACAGAUAUUCAAUACACUUAGUAAUGGUGAAACCGACACUGACAAUCUUAUAAUUGACAUUAUCACUUAUGUGUUCCUUAAUCUUAAGAAGGAAAGUCCUUUACUACAAUCCUUUUUAAAGUUUUUUUCUUCAGCCCCUACGCAAUUCAGAAGUACUAUUCAAGAUUAUUUGUUAAAACAUUUGAUGAAAAUGCUUCUUAAAACAGAUUUGCAUUGUGACAACAUCGCUGAUUAUUCAUUUACUAUUUCCACUUGUUUAGAUAAUCCAAAUUUAUCUACUUAUAGUUUUUCACCUUGUGCUGAACUAUUAUAUAAAUUUAUUGAAUAUUCUCUUAUAAAAUGUCAUGAAGAGUUGUUGAAAGAGGAAGCGCCAAUUAAGAAAUUAUCAAUUAUUUCCGGGAUACAUAGCUGCGUACAAGCAGGCAUAAGCCUUUGUCAGAAACAUCCUGUAAAUUCUACAACAAACUUAUCUAAAAUGGCAGUAACUCUUUUGUGUGAUUCUGAACUUCCUUUGGACACACGAGCUGCUUCUGGAAUUUUAGCUGUUCAUACUUCUAUAAAUGUUGAUAAGAAACAAUGGUUAGAGAUUUACAGUUUUAUUUUAGAAUCAAGUAAUGAUUUGGGAAUGUUAUCAUUUUGCUCUGGUUUGCUGAAUGCACUUUCCUUACAUGAUUUUGAAUCUGUUGUUAGUAUUAAUGGCUAUAAUAAACCUGCAUUGUACAUCAUCCAUGAUACUGUGCUUAUGGUUGAAGAAAGAAAAGCAUCAGAAAGUGGGAUUGUGUUGGCUGCUGCUAGAUGUAUAUUGCUUAUUAGUAAAUGUUAUACGAAGAUACCACAUCUGGUAAACCAAGAGUUACUGAAUUCAUUUUUAAUCUAUUUGUGGGGUCAUAUUGAUCAUUUCAUGGAUGCUGUACGUCAUCUUGCUUUAUCGUCACUCUCCAAUGUUGCAUCUAUAGGAGCUAUCUGUCCUGAACUGGGUGUGUAUGAAGCUAUUCUAAAAGAUGUAUCUGAAAUGUCGGUCGAUCGUCGAAGUAAACAUGCAGCUAUUUCGGUACUAGUCUCUCAUGUACCUGUCAGAGAAAUCAUCUCCCAGACACCUGGUCUCGUGAAAGCACUUUUUUCUGCUGCAUUGGCCAACCCAUCUUCAAAUUAUGCCCUUAAUUCCCUUGAAGCCUUAAUCUGUCAAGACUUGAAGGAAAGAACGAACCAAUUAGAAUGGUUUGAACUUUGGGUGAAGCCACUUUUGCAUUCCAAAUUGUCAGCGCCUUUGGAGCAGCUUCUAACUGCUGUUAUAAGAAACCAUUCAUCUAUUUUAGAACAUAUCACAAGUAUAGGGUUGGAGAACAGUGAAGAAAAGAUUGAUGUGAUAUUGACAUGUUUGAAGAUUGGAAGGAAAUUUAAUCUGCUUUCCGGCAAGGAUGAUUCAAAGACAUGGAAAGGCUUGGUGGACGUAAAUCUUUUAGAAUCAUGCAUGUACCAUUUUGAUGAUGAUGUUAGAUUGUCUUGUUUAUCUCUUAUUGUAGAAACAUCUAAAUCAACUGAAGAAUUCACACCUGUGGAAUUAAAUCUAAUUAGAACAUUUUUUAUUUACAAUUUAUCUACACAAGACCCAGCAGUCAGACAGAACAUACUUGCAGUUUCAAAAAAAUUAUUAACUAGAGUUAGAGAUAGCAGAUCAGCUUUAGAGCGAAGGCAACGGAAGAAUGCGAGAAGUGAAAUGACCAGUGAAAAUUUAACUUAUGUUCUCGACGAAUAUCAGAGAUUUCUGGCCGACUUUAAAAAACUUUGCCUUGAAUCAAUAUUUCCGGGGUCUUCACCAUCUAGACGGUCUUUUGCAUUAGGAGGUCUUGCUCUAAUGAAACAGCUUGGCAUAUAUGGAGAUUAUAACCAGAGAUCUGCUGAAAUUUUACUUUCUUGUUUGUUAGACAGUUAUGAAGACAAUAAAAUCAUUGCUAGAGAUUUGCUUUCAUGUUACCCUUCUAGUUUAUUGAAUUUUGAGAACCAAUCACAUGUCAACAACUAUAUUAAAAACACAUUAAUUCUAAGUUCGAGCAUAAGGCCUCCUGAUAGUAUAUCAGCUGGAUAUUAUAUGAGCUUGUUGGCAACAUUUAAUGGAAUCAUCGAUGAUAACAGUGUAACACAAAGCACUAGCUACUUUUGCUUGACGUCUACCUUGGCAGCCUUAAAAGAUGAGCUACAGGUGGCUAAAGAAAGUUUAUUACGAGCUGCAUCAUCUGGUCCAUUAUACGGCCAUUUGUUUGUAAUUAGACAUAUACUGCAAGCAUUAGAUUUGAAAGAAAUUGGAAACGAUGGAAAAUGGUGCUCUUUGAUAGAGGACAUAAUUGAAACAGCGUUUGAAUGUAAUGAUACUGUGGCUUGUGUCGUUAAUAAUUCAUCUCCUGAAGGCCACAUUCCAAUGGAUUUUAGUUACAGUGAAUCCAAAAAAGAUGGUGAACCCCAAGUAACUUCUCAAAUGGUACUACUUUGUUCUUGGAGAACUGUGAAAGAAGUUUCGCUUCUUCUUGGUGAAUUGUCAGAAAGAGCUACUAUUAAGAAAAAUGGUGUUGAUGAUGGUCUUCUUACGGAAGAUCAAAUUCUAGCUAUUGGAAAACAUCUUACCAGUCUUCUGUCUGAAACUAAGCAUAGAGGAGCAUUUGAACAAGCAUAUAUUGGUUUUUCCAAACUGUCUGGGAGAUUAUGGAAAUGUAAUUCUGGUAAACUUCAUGAAUUGCCAAAGAAAUGGUUAGAUGAAACAUUGGAUCAAAUAUUGAUAAAUGAAAAAUUAAGUGCUACUAGAAGAAGUGCAGGGAUACCAUUUAUAGUACAGGGACUUAUAUGCAGUGAAUUGGAAAGUGGUUCAUGCAAGAGUCUGCAUAAAGCAAUGUCCUCUCUUCUCAAUAUUGCCAAAGAAGGAUGCUCAGAAGGGAGAGUGCAUGCUCUGAAUAUUCUGAGAGCCCUUUACCGUGGCUCUAGCUUGGGCGAAGCUGUUGGCCCUUACGUAGCAGAAGGUAUCGCUACUGCCAUCAAUGGAUUCAACUCUAACACUUGGGCUGAAAGAAAUUCUUCUACUCUUUUGCUUAGUGCAUUAAUGUCAAGAGUGUUUGGUGUUCCUCGAGGAAAAUCUGAAACUCUAAGCUGGAGAAACAGAAUGACGGGCAGGCUCUUUUUUCAAAGGUACCCAAUACUGUAUUCAGAGCUUCUUUCUCAUUUGGAAGCUUCUUCGACUAACCAUAUGUAUCCAGCACUUUAUCCAGUUCUACUUCUUUUGGGGAGACUUUAUCCUUCAUCAUUGGAGGGAACAGAUUCCAAUUUACAGCUAUUGAAAUACGUACCAUUUAUUAUGAAAUGUGCUCAAAGUAGCGUAAUGAAAACCAGAGCUCUUGCAGCCACUGCUUUGGCAUCACUCAUUACAUCUUCUUCUUAUGAAUCACAAAUUGAUGAAUUAAUGAGCCAUAUAUCUCAAGCAUCAUAUGAAAAUCAUGUGCAUGGCUAUUUACUUAUGGUACUAAAAUUGAUUCAACAAAGCAGGGCUUUAGAAGACUUUAAUUGUGAAAAAAUGAAAUUACACAUUAAUGGAUGGGUUGGAAAAAUGUUAAAUAUUUUAAAUAAACUAAACCAUUCCUUUAUAGUUAAAGAUACAUCUUUACUUGUGAUAAUUCACAUAGUUGUUAACUAUUUUAGUGCAAUAUCUAAUGACACUAUAACAACUUUGAAAAAUAUUCUGAAAGAUGUUCUUUUCUCGAACAAACCAAAUAACCAUUAUGGAUAUGAAGUGUUCUUAGUCCAUUCUUCAAUACUUUUGUUUCUUUUAAACUUCAAAGAUAACAAUGUGGAAGAACUACAUCAUACCAUUGUAAAAUUACUACAAUCUGAUGAGUACGAUGUAGUAGGUGUGACAUUAGAAUUUCUCGAAUUUAUUGCUUCCAAUAGUUCCUCAACAUUUUGUCCAGAUAUUCACGAUUCUUUAAAGCUGGAAAUGAAUGACGAUUUGAUAAAAAAUAAAUUUAGCGAGUCAGUCAAGAAGUCUGAAGAUAUCGGAGACAUUUUAUCGAAAAAGAUCAUCGUCGAUAAUCAUCAAGAAGAUUUAGUCAAAUUAUUGAAAUGUUUCCAGUUUUUUCCUCAUGCUUUCAAUAAGUUAUCUGAGAAAAUGAAAAUAGUUCAAUUAUUUUACAAUAUAGCCGAAAAUUCCCAUAGAUCUGUUGCAAGUAAUGCUUUAAGUUGCCUCAACAGCUUCCUUAGAUCACAGAAUAACUCAUUGAACAAUGAGGAAGUAGGACUAAUUGUUGAUCUUAUUAAUACUUAUUCUCAACCAGAUGCUGACCAUCAGUGUAGAUUAGCAUGUGCUGAAUUGCUAGCAAACAAUUUUCUUGUUUUGUUGGAUAAGUCUUCAAUAGAUUGUAAAUUGACCUUAUGGGUGUCUGGUGUUAGACUUAUUUUAGAUGAAAACCAAGAUAUAAGAGAUAUGAUUUGUACUGGUCUAGUAGGAGAUUAUGUACCAUCAAAAACCUUAGAGUUGUUUUUACAAAAGUUUGUUCAUGAGACACCGGAUAAGACGGCAGUGUUUAUAGGCCUAUUUUUCUGGGCUGUUGGACAGCCCCUUGCUGUUGAAGAUUUUGAAGAGGGGACUGUUUUUGAUAAAGGAAAUGUUAAUUUGAACUAUGAAGAUUUGAUUAUAAACCGUGAAGCUUGUAAACUCAUGAAAGAGUUAUUCCAAGGUGAUAUUCAUGCUUUUCUGCAUUGUAAUAUAGAUCCAAAAUUGUAUAGUUGGCUGGAAUCACAGAUGAAUUUUCAGGGACACAGCGUACUGUACUUAAUCAACAACUAUAAAAAAUUUGUUAACGAAUGCAAAGACUUAAAGCUUUUGCUACCUUAUCGGCCAUAUGAAAACCAAAGAUUAUUAGAAAAUAUGAAACUCAAUAAUAUUUUAGAGGCUUUGAAUUUAGAAACAGAUUUUCUGUAG